AUGUCGCAUCCGUUAUCGGACGAAGAUCCCGGGGUGGUAGACGAGCGGAAGCAGAAGCGGAUGCUGAGCAACCGCGAGUCGGCGCGGCGGUCGCGGCUGAAGAAGCAGCACCAUCUAGACGAGAUGCGCCAGCAGGUGGCGCAGCUGCGCGCGGAGAACAGCGAGAUGUCGACGCGGUACAACAUGGCGUCGCGGCACUACACGCAGCUAACAGAGGAGAACCGCGUGCUGCGCUCGCACGCCAUGGAGCUCAGUCGCCAGCUGCAGCGCCUGCACCACGCAGCCGCCGCGCACGGCCACCCCAUGAACGCGCAACUCGGGCUCGGGUCUGGCCUCGGAUCGAGCCUCGGGUCCAGCCUCGGCGGUGGUUUAGGCUCGUCGCACAUGGAUCCUCUCGCGUUUUCCCUAGCGCCGCCGCUGGGUCCGCCGUUUUCGUCGCAUCACAUGGCUGGCCGGUCGCCCAUGUCUAUGUACCCUUACGCCUUGCCUCCCUCGCCUGCGCCGGAGGUCUCUAGGUGA